ACUUCAUCGUCCGCAUUCAAGGGUUCAUAAUUGUGUGUAUGUUUGUGUUCUCUUUAAAAAUAGAAGAUAAACAAGCCGUAACACGAUUACGUAUGAGGGUUCUUCUCGAGGCCGAGGACUUACGCUGUUACAGGACCUACACAUUAACCACAGAGAAUGCUGAGGGAUAUUGCUUUCCACCCCUCAUAAAUUCCGUCUCGAAAGACAGAACUGGGUGAAUCAACAACAACCCAGCUCGUAGUAACCUGUCCAUCAUCAUCGUCAGCAGUGGAACGCGUUGUCAUGCUCCAUAGUAACACCCGUCGUCGGUAAGGCAAAACAGUUACAAAACGUUGGGUAACUUCGAUCGGUUGUUGUGCUGUGCGUUUCCCCUCAAUCGAGCAACUUACAUUAUUUUGAAACGUCACCACCGUUGAUGUCCUUUCCUUGCCCACCAGAAAAAAAAACGCCUGUGGGUGUCUGGUGGAAGUUGCAGAGGUGGCAAGUGUUUUCGUUUCUGCCCACCAUCACCAGUAGGCACGCGGAUCGAUAGCGCCCUUUGCAAGGAUGCGAGUGCGCAUGGCCAUCCGAACGUUCCCAACAGGCAACUGGCAAUCCGAAGUCUCGCACUACGCAAUAGUUGCACACGCUGCGAGACACGACGGCGGCAGGACCACCACACCGAAUAUGUACGUGCGUGGCUACUGUUGGUAAGAAUCGCAACAGGAGAUCCAUAUCCAUUUUCUCCCUUGGUGAGCUGAUUGCUGGCCAGAUGCAGGCACGACUCCCCAGUCGUUCGACGAGUCCGGUAGCGCACCGACGUGGUUACGGGCUACACUCAAGUGCGCGCCUUCAGGACGGACAGAUUGAGGUUUCCUUCCCUUCUAUUUCCCUGUGGUCCUUAAAGUGUGCGUGUGUGUGUGGGCGCUGAUCCAGUGAUGUGACUGUGUCCUGGGCCGGGAGUACGAAUGUUGUCCUAGAUAUUGAGAAAACCCGUGCCUACUCCAAUACCUCCGCAAAAGACGCACCUGUUCACGCACCUGUUCCCGUGUUUAACUGUCCUUAGUGUGAGUGUGCGUGCCUGUGGUGACGUGUCGUGACACAGUUUUCCAUCCCCAGCACCACCCCUCCGCGCUCCUUCCCUCACGAAACGAGUGUUUGUUGUGGUCAGUGUGCGGAAGUGUUUCUAGCUACACAAACACACACACACCCGCCGUGGCCUGGCAAUGGAGACGACGGCUCGCGUACAUCAGACCAAGGCGAGCUCGAGGCACCGUAGUUCUCGGGCACGCCGCAGCGCAACACCUCAGCGGCUCGAGCAGCUGGAGCAGACGGAAGUGCGCGGGAUCGACGAUGGACCCGCGCCAUCCGCCGACCAGGAGUUGGCGGUAGCGAGCGGUUCUAAAAAUAGAUCCUCCACCGUAGUUCGCUCGGUCCGGCGUCCGGAUACGCCGGAGCACAGCGGUGGCAGCACCACGACAAAUGCGAGCAGCAGCGCCACAGGCACCUCGGUACCGACCCAGCACUACCACUACAGUGCCAGCGGGGACAGUGGUCCGGCCCGGAUGUCCCAGACACCGCGCAGCAACUCACCCGCCAUGGUGACCACGGAGCUAGAUGCUCCGGUCAGUGUGGACGGCACCGUGGAGGUAGUUACCGUAGAUCUUGCCAGCGGGUUAGCUACCAUCGGCACAGUACCGGGCCCAACCGAUGACAAGCUGCAGAAGGGCAUCCUGGGCUACAUGGACCGUCAGCUGAAGGUACAAUCGCUGUCCGAUCCGCAGAAAAGUCCCGCCCAACGCAGCACCCGUAGCCGGAGCAGCCUCGAGAAAAGCCCACGCCGGAAGCGCAGCAAAUCGGAGUCCCGGAGGCGUCGGGAGCGCAAAAUUCUAGCCGCAGGCGAGAUGGAGGUGCGCCAGGCGAACGAAACGCUGAUGCGAUACCUGAAACAGUGUUCGGACUUUAACGAUGCGUCCCUGUCGGGCGAUCUGGAGAUACCGGAACAUCUGGAGGAUCGGCGGGUACACCGGAAAACGAAAUCUCAGCGGGAGCGUAAACUUCACCAGCUGCAACCGGAUCGGGCGGGUGGCAGGACCAACGCCGACGAUCUUAUGAGCUACCAUGGUGAGAUCUACAAUCCCUUCACGCCGGUCGUUUCGCCAACGACCGAAGCAGCGGCCACGCGUAUCGAUAAGAUGUACAUACAGACUGCUAGCGGUUAUCGACCAGUUGACAAUACCUACUCCUAUCAUAAGUCUAGGGCACUAAUCGGUGGAGAUCCGGAAAGCAAUAGCCACACAAUAAACACCUCGGUACAUCUCUCCUGUGCGGUGCAACGAGUCUGGCAUCUGCUAUCGACCGUCUGUCACGGGCUGCUUGGAGGGUUGGCCUUCGCCCAUCUACUGCUGAUCUGUACGACCAAACCGUACGACUGGGUGGAUGCCUCGAUACGCCAUUACUCAGCCUUUGCCGAGGUGUACGCCAAUACGUUCUACUGCUUGGCCAUCGUUUGUAUGGUUUCGAUAUUCGAUCGGAUGGAUAUAGCGUACAGUGGUGAUACGAACAUUUCCUUUCGCUCUAUCUUCAUCAUCAUGAUCUACGUGAUGACGAUCAUACUGAGUCUAUCGGCUGGCACGAUGGACGAACGGCUCUACGUUACUUCCACGCUAAAUGUUACCGUCUGGGAGGAGGAACUGGAAACGAACAAGGUGCUGAGCAUCUGGAAUGCGCUUUCCAUCGCACGGAGUGUAGGUGCCAUCUUUGGUUGGCUCAUCGUUGGCUUCCUACCGAACCAGGACAAUCUGUACGAUCAGCUGCUCGAGAUGGAAAAAUAUCAGCUCCAGUAAGAAGGCAGCUCCGGUUUUAUUUUUUACUAACUUUGAGCUGAAGGACGACACAGACACCUAUCAACCUAUAUCCCGGUUUUGUACAUAAACUGCACCUAGUGCGAACAUACGGCUAGAGGAACACAAAGUACUAAACUAGAGUUUACAGAACAAUAAUCACGCUUAUGUCACUGUCCGUUGUAGCGACUCACUUCGGUUCCCGUUCGUUCGUUUGGGGGACGUUAUCGUAAUGGUGGGAGUGUGCUGGGGUAUCAGCUUAAAGUAUUACAAAUCAGAAUCAGGAAGUAUUGAAGAGGUUGUGGGAAAGCAUGUCGGGGCAAGAUGCAGAGCUGAUGUACAGGAAACGGUGGUAGAAAUUGUGAAACUCGGAAAGGACUGAUAAUCAUUGUGUUGUAUAAUGAAACGAUAGCAAUCGCCCAUGUGGAACCGUGUUUAUACGACGCACGGUUUGGAGAGCAGCAGUGAUGUGUACGGCUAGCCAAUGAAUGAUAUUAGGAUAUUGAGACAAUUAAUUAAUCUGUAAGCGUAUUGUUAUCAUAAACAACCAUACAUCACGCUAAGGUGAAUGUUCUGAUUUCCAUACACCUUAAAGCAGAAACAUUAAACCAAGCCAUAGAAUAAA